AUGUCUGGAUGUCCAGUCCUGCACACCAGAGGUCAUGACCUUUCCCCACAGGAACUUAAAAUAAAUCUGCGCUCUCCUCUCCUGCUUAAAGUGUGUGACGCAGUGUGUUCAGCUCAGGAGUUCAGCUGCUCUCAGGAUCUGUGUGUGUCCGAGGGAAGUGUGUGUGACUUCACUGACGACUGUGGAGAUUACAGCGAUGAGGAAAACUGCUCUGGAUAUAAGAGGUGUGGUUUUGAAGAUGGAUUCUGUGACUUGAUGCAGAGCUCAGAGUCCAGAUGGAUCAGAACUACCGAGGCUCCUGGACUCAAACACGACCACUCAAACACAUCAGCUCACUUCCUGUCCCUUUCACCUGGAACCAGAACCUCUGCAGACCUGAUCAGUCCUUUCUUCCUGCCCACUGAAACCUGCCAGCUGAGAGACCCUCAAAUAACAUCUGUUUGAACAUUAAAGCACAGGAGAAAUGUUACUUUAGUGGGAAUGCUGACACAGCAUUCCCACUAAAGAACGAGAGAGGAGACGAGGACACGAGAGAGGAGAGACGAGGACAUAAGAGAGGAGACGAGGACACGAGAGAGGAGAGACGAGG